AUGUCUUUGACACUGGAAGAGGCAGACAUGUCUGGUGACCUCAAGAAAGGCUACCUUAGACGAUAUGGAGGUUUUUUAUUUAAAAGUUGGAAGAAAAGAUACUUUGUUUUAUAUCAAGAUGGUCAUCUUGCAUGGUACGAAGGACCAGGUGGAUCUAGAGAAGGCCUAGUCAAUAUCAAACGUGAAGUAUCCAUGUUACGAAUUGGACAACAGUGUUCACACGAUGCACCUAAAUUACCAAGUGUACAUGAUAAUAUUGGUAAUAUGAUUGCUCUAUCUACUACUGGUAAAAAGACGCACUAUGUGCUGUCUGCAGACCAGAAUGAGUUAAUUGCAUGGUUACAAGCGCUACAUCAAGCUAGAGGGCUUCCUCCUCCAAAUCAGCAAAAUGCGGCAAUGCCACAAGUUAACCAGUCAGGGGCACCACCACCAGGGUUCCAACCUAAUGUCACACAAGAUUAUCCUCCACCAUAUCCUGGACUACCUUCUCAACAAGGAUUUCAACAAGGUGGAAGACCUUACCCUGUACAAAGAGGUGGCGGCGCUAGAGGACCAGCACAACAAACUGUUGUUGUGCAGAAUGAUAGAGGUGGUGGUGGGGAUGGCUUUGCUACGGGUAUGAUGUUAGGUGCAACAAUGGGAUAUGGUUGGGGCUAUGGUCCCGGUUUAGGAUGGGCAUGUGCAAGGAAAGAAUUUAGCAAGGUUUCGAAGAACUGUAUGUAG